UUUCUUAGUUAAAAUAAAUUUGCUUUCAGUGUUCGGGAAAAUUACCAAUACAAGUGUAUCUGUUAGCGAGCAGUAGCUAGUGUCAGCGAAUGGAUAUGCAAUCGUGAAUUAAAAUGCUUUGAAGCUCUUGUUUUUUUUUUCUCGCGUUGUGGACAUCUCAAACUGUUUUGAAAUUUAUACUUUCUGUAUUAAAAACGGGAUUUAAUUCUUAAACGAAGGAAAAUAACAUAACUAAAAGCCGAAGCGCUGUAAUGGAAAUCAUCCCAGGAAAUAUCUUAAAUUUGAACCAUCGGAUGUUUAUAUGUUCAUUUGCCCUCGUAGUCUCUAUAGCCACGGUUGUGUCUGGACAAAGAUCAACAGGCAAAGGAUAUGACAGUGAAGGUGUUGCCACGAAUGACUUUAAAACGUUAUGGGACGUUUAUAUUUUACCGCACUUAGAACUUGAUCUCAACCGGAAAAUUUCUCAGUGGAUUGAAGAACAGGGGGACAAUCCCGGGUCAUCUAAUUAUGAUCUUUUGAACGAGCAUUCAAGUCCAGACCAAAACGAACAACGCUCAUCCAGAUUUAAACGUCUAGGGGUGGCCGGUUUAGAAAACUUGGAUAUAAUGACCAAAACUCUGGACCAAAAUCGUUUGCCGAUGUCAGUCAACAUGAAUUCAAAUAAACUGCGCAUGCUCAUGAGAACUGUGGGACGCAGAAGGAAGUGAACCGGAAAUUAAACAUUUAAUUGGCAUUCUAAAGCCGAUUUCUUGUAGUGAUAUUUAUAGACAUAUUGCAUUAUCGCAUUGUGAACGUUGUCAUUUUUGCAAACAAACGAUUUAUACACACGCUAUUUAGUUGUGUUUUUUAAAACGCUAUCUUUUAUCAUUAGAAAUAAAUUUUAAUAAGUUACAAGUUUUCAUAUGUCUCCGAAACGAUCUUCAUUUAGUUAGAAAUCGCUAUAUAGUCUUUUUAAAAUUCCAUUCGGUAUUGCAGCGAACUCUUACAGCAUUUGCUACAAAUGAGAAUAUAAUCCAGGCAAAAAUAACAACGUUAACAGCAUUGAAUGAAAUGACCGUGACACUCUUUUUUAUCAGUGCAGUGCAAUAUUUCUUUUUAAGAGCAAAAUCAAAAACAGACAUUUUUAAUUGACGAUCCAUCUGUAAUAAAUAUAUUUGAUUUAUACUAAACUCGUUGCCAAUCAAUAAUUAUAAAGAAGAAAAUGUCUUGUAUAUCUUUACUAAAAUAGUCCAUGUAUCCAGAUUUAUGUACCACUUCUCGAAAAGCAAAAAGUUUCCCUGUUUGUAAAACAUGUAAAAUAUUUUCAAUGCGUUUGUCACACAGACAAACAAACAAAUUAUGACAAAUAUAAGGAAUUCGGUUGUUAUUUUUGGCAUACCCGUAAACACUGAAUGAUAAUAAUUCAGUUCUUACAGACAGAACUGUCUGCUUUAAAUGAUAUCGAUACAGAUCUGGAGAAUGAGAUUUACAACUGUACUCACCGUAAAAUGUUAUUCUCAUUACUUGGUCAACAAACCCAUUAACAGUACAACAUCUAACAACCAUGUCUGGUUGUUUCACUAACAUUGUGAAAUAUCAGGUAGCAUCACCUUGAAAGGUGAUGUAAUUAAUAUUCUAGACAGCCUUCCACAUUUGAUAAUCACUUUUCUCUCUAAAUGAAAGUGGAGCAUUCCUCAAAGUCACUUUACAGGACAUGAGAAGAUCUACAGCUUUUCAUGUUAAAACAAUCUGUUAUAAAAAUAGAAAAAGAGGAAUCUCCACAGGUCUCUCAACACGACAAAAAUGAAAAUGCUGCAGGCUCGGUUUGAUUGAGCCUAUUCAUGGAUGGUAGUGGAAAUGCAUACUACCGUCCACGCCCUCUAGCCCCGGGUUGAGCAGAACUCAACAUUUACACAUGCUACAAGUACAAAAGCAAUUUAGAGAUAUUCGCAGACGUGUUCAUACUACAGUGCAUAUGGCUAAGUUCACGACGAACUCUGGGGUUGAGUAGAAACCAACUCUAUAAUCGAUAACCCACUUGAACGGUCUAAGUUAGUACACCAUUGGUACCUUCCUUGUUGGAGAGCUGAAGUCCUAAAACUCCGCUACGAGGCAGGGUUUAUUGCUUGCUGGCUUUUCAUCACAGCGCUCAAAGUGCAGGGGAAAAAAAGUUUUACAUAUUUCCAGGGCCAAAUUUCUGACUGGUCAUUUACUUUACAGGUGGGAUAAAGAAGCAUUUACACAACAGCCUACACUUCCCCAGAGCUCCGACGUGAACUUAGCCUAUGUGUAAUUCCAUGAAAAGCGGCGUAUGGUCCCCAGUUAAAACAAGUGAAUGAAGUAUUGCAAUGCAAUACAAAGUCCCCUACUGGAAGGCACCUAAUCUUCUCUACUGCAGUAUAACAUAAUGAACUGAUAUCUGUCAAUGAUGUGUAAACAAAAUUGUACUAUAUAUAAUAUAAUAUAACAAAGCA